AUGAAAGUGCAUUAACGCAGCAAAGUCGAUAAUUUUUAAUUAAAUUGGUACUUUGCGUCGUUCUGCUAUUGGACCAAAAAAACGGAAUGAAAGUUGACUGUGCUAUAAAGUUAGAUAUCUAUGGUUGUGUAUAAUAUCUUUGACGCACGGGGUUUGUUUGUUAGUUUCAGAAACGUCAAGAGAGGGAAGAGUUAUGUGUUUACAUAUCUGAGUAACACACUGAUGUUUAGGUGGAAUAAUGGAGUGUGGUGUUUCCUCAAAAUAAGUACAGGAAUUGUAUCUCAUUCUGGUGCAAGGAAACCAAUCAGUGCUUCGUACUGCAGCAAGGCUUUGUACAUACCGAACGCCGAUGUAGGUUGAUGUAGGCUUCUCGGUUUCGUAAAGGCCGAGAGAGGAUGGAACCAGAUCCAUUAAGUGUCAUUCUUGUGAAGAGCGAUAGUAAAGGUGACCGCUUAUUAUUUCGGUAUCCUUAUGCAAAUGACUUGCGCACCGAGUCUGGACACCAGAAACGCCGAAAAAAUCCCUAUGCACUCGUUGUGACUGAAGAUUUGCUCCAGAGUCCACCUCCUCAGACUUCCAACAUUUCCAAAGGACGCCUGACAGGUUUUUCAGAUGAAGUACUAUCAACGCUGUUCGCUGUAAAACCUGAGUUAUGUGAGAGAAAAUUUGAACUCAAAGUGAACGAUGUGCGUUUUGUCGGACACCCUACUUUGAUGCCGUCAGUACACGGUGGAAAAAGAGAUAAUUCUUCGGUUAUAUUGAUAAAUAUUGUUUUUGCACUGCGAGCAACUGCUAGCCACUCAAUUGUGAAGUGUUAUUACGACCUCAGCAAAAGGUUAGGUGUGGCGUUAAGACAUGAAGAAAAGCGUUGUGGAUAUGUUAGCCAGGAAAAUAGAAUAAUGGUCACAGCUCAUGAUGAAGUAGCCUCCAGGCCGGAGGAGGAUCGAGAUCGUGGGAGCCAUUUGGACGAUACUGAGUGUCCCUUCGAGCUGAUAGUGCAACGCUCUGCUCUAGCUCGCAAGUUGCGCUCUGUGUACGAGGACUUGAGCACGACAGGGCUGGUACAGAUCCGCAUCAACAAUUGGAUAGAAGUGAGCUUCUGUUUGCCACAGAAGGUGCACCAGUGCCACUGCAGGGGCAUUGUGCUGGAGCCAGAAUCCAUCAAGAGGUACCUUGAGUUUGAAGAAAGGUGUUUGCAAUCCCUGAAGCCGUACCAUGGCCUGCUGCUGCUGGUGGAGCCCUCGGAGCUGCUGGAGACUCUUUCUCCAGACUCGUCGCCGGCACUCGUGCGCCUCGUGCAGAUCUACUCCCCCAUAAAGUCGCUGCAGACACUUGCUGCCGAUGCGGACUUAACACUUCGGCAGGUGUUCCAGCUAACAGGACAUUUGGUGUACUGGGCAAAGGCAACUGUGAUUUUCCCACUGUGUGAGAACAAUGUGUAUGUGGUUUCACCUGACGCUCCAACUGGUAUCAACAGUCCUCUGGUUGAGAGGUUCUCAGAAAGCUUCCCAGGGCUCAAUCUGCUGCAGGUGAUGAGCGACUUCUCACUGCCAACUCCCUUGGGGCAGAAAAAGAACCCCCUACACCACCCGCAGCAGCAGUCGCAGCUGGUGAAGGUGGUUGUUUGGCUGCUGCAGCACAAAAUGCUGCUGCAGUUGCACACAUAUGUCUACUUCAUGCCAACGGCGAGGGGCCCUCCGUUAAGAAAUCAGGCGGGAAGCAGUAGUGGAGGCGGAGGAGGGAGCUUCCGCGGGACUCCGGACGAGAGUGACCUGAGUUCAACUGUGAGUGACGAGGGCAUCGGCAGCCUGGUCCCAGACCUCCUGACCCCCGUGGUGGACCAGCCACCGUUCGCAGAGCUGACUGACGACGAGAGAGCCGCCGUGCUGCGAUGUCCGGCAGCUGCCAACCCCGAGGACUUGCGGCUGCUGGCACGGCUCUGUAGGGCAGGCUAUUUGCGUGGAGAACACCACUUGGAAGAGAUCAUGUACCAGGAGAACCUGCGCCGAUCCACACUGCUCCAGCUUCUGGACAAGUUCCGUGACGUCCUCGUUACCUGCGAUACUGAAGACCCCGACAUAGCAGUCUUCCACACACACACCGACAGUCCAGGUAUCUGCUAAGCCUAUAUUCGCGCAGAAAAAGGACAGGAGUGGAUGCUUUUUCUGCAACUGGAAAGUGUGUCUGUGUCAAUUACCCCAAAUAGCAUUUUGUGCUGUGGAUGGUAUCUUGUUCCUAAGUAAUAAAAGCUAUUUCUUUAUGAUGUGGCCAGAAUCACUAGUUCGGUAGUUCACCAUAUCUCGACGACCAUUCCAUGCGUGUUAAAAACAAGUGGAAACCAAAACUACGAGGCACAGGAAAGUACAAAUGUCUGACUUGUAUUUACUAAGGAACAUACUGAAUAAUUGAAACUCUGUGCUACCCAAUUUUAAGCCAGUGUACAAAACUGUGAUGUAAAAUUUGUGCCUCUCCACUGUUACCAUAAAGACAAUCUGUGAUGUUUUCUUUCUUUUUUUUAAAGUGUGAUUUCUGUUAUCCGUAAAGUUUUACCAGAAGCAUAUGUAGCUUACACAGAGCACAUUUGUGAGCUCUGUGCAAUAAUUUUGCAUGUGUUGAAAGGCCAGUUUGCUUCUGUAUUUACAGAUUUUUUUUAUAAAUAAAUAUUUAUAUAUUGU